GCCGCCGCCGCCGCCGCCAGACGUCCCUUUUCGUUCUCAGCCACCGCGAGAUUGGGGAUUAAUUCGAUCUGCAACCUACAAAGCUUUUCAGCAGGGCAGGUUUUGUUGAGAAAUGAGAUUGGCCGUUAAUGGGCACCUCAUGUCAUCCUGCUGCCCGAGUUUUGGUGGUGAUUUCAAUUUGUUGUUUGUGCAACUUCAUCUCUGGCAGUGAAGGAGAUCCUGUGGAUUCGUGCCCUGAAAAGGUUGGCACUUGUACUGUAGGCCAUACAGGGAGUAACACUCCUAAUAUUGUUGGCUGUUUGCCAUGUUCUUAUAAUUAUCUCACUGCCUCUUACUUCGAUAACCACAAUAGUCUGCUCGACUCAGAAUUUCAUGAUUUCUUAGCCGAGAAAAUCAUCUCCAAUGACUUGUGCAAAUCGUCAGUUAACAAUAUCUACAAGAUCAGGCUUUCAGACCUGAAUCGGUAUCUGAUUGGUGAAGGGUCUCAUCGACAUUUGGUUUCCACAAUGAGAUUUGAUAGGAAGUUAGAUGCUUCGAAGUUGCAGGAUGAUUAUUUUUGCGAAACAAUAAUUAUUGAGAGGCUUCCAACUGGGGUCUUUGCAGACCCAUUUGAGCUGCAACAUCUUGUUGAUCAAAGGGUAUUUCUUGCUGCUGGAGUUUUUGGGGACACCAAUCUGGAAUUACCAUCUGCCCUCUCAAACAGAUCAGUUGUAGAGAUCCACAUGGAUGUUGGGAGUAACAUUGAACUGAAGAGCUAUGAGACUGUUGUCCAGUUGCCAUUGCAUGCUAGAUAUCCGCCUCUCGACGCUAGUGGCUAUGCACAGGUCACAAUUGGCAAACCAGAUUUGUUCUUGCGCUGCAGGCCAAAAGAUUUGCAGAAAGAAACCUGUUCAUGGGCAGUUAGAUCCUUGGAUUCGAAGGCCAACAAUGUAACGUGGCAGAUACCUUGUGGAGAUGAGGCACUGACACACAUUGUAUCUAAUGUAACUUUUCUUUCAGCGUUGACAUGUUCUCUUUUAAUUGUUCUGUCUGCGGUAUGUUUUUCCCGAAAUGAGAAGAUUAAAGGAUCAUAGCGAUGAUUGCACACUCUUACUAUUUGCGCUGGUAACACUUCCGCUUUACUAUUUGCAAUUGGUACUUAGCUGACAGUUGGAAGUUGUGUUGCUUCUAUUAAUUUGUGUGCCUGAUGAAUUCUAGUUUUGAUGCUUCUCUUUGAUAUACAUUCUGAGGUUUCUACUGUUUCA